AUGGCCUUAUGGUGGGACAAAACGCUGAACUUGACGCUGGACACCAUUUCCGUACUGAUUACGCAAUACAACAACACCGCUGUAACCCGUACCACCACUAUCUACGAAGACGUCUCAUCCAUAAAUAUAAGCACGUUGUCGGAUGCACAAGCUACAGCUUUCAGCGUCCUCGAACCACUUGAUCCAGAGUACGAAGCAAACGGGUUCGCCCUCAACAAUGGUACCAAUGCUUUUGUGGACGGUUCAUUCACUGCUGCAUAUCCAACGCCUUACAUAGGAAUCCAAGGCUUUGAAUAUAUCUCGGUCACGCAACAAGACCCCCAAUGCCCCAAAGGUCUCCAGUCCGCGGGGCAAUACUUUGAUACGCAAGGCGAAUGCGCAUGCGUGAUGCAAACAUAUAUGGAGAAUCCUAACCAAUUACAGUACGCUAUAACCUCGCAGAUCACCCUUUCAUCUACCUACUACGAGCUUGGCGACCCUCAUCCUGUCGGUAACGAUCUCAAUACACACUUAGAAGGACCUGUUCCGAUCAACAAUAUCUCCUACUCCGAUUUUAUCGCAUCCGUACUGGGGAGUGAGGGGUUUAACAAGUACAGAUCUUGCGCUUUUCUUGAUGUGGGCGUGGGUCCACCAGCGUUGAUGAUUCCUGUGGCUGCGUUGACCGCCACCACCACCUCUACUGUCAAGAGCGCUGGCAAUUACGGUGUUUCAUCACCAAGUCCGGGCAGCCCCAUAGCGCCCAUUGCACCUCCUCAAACGAGUACGCCUGUUGCCCAACCAUCAGUGCCAUUGGUGGAGCCGACGUCGGACAAGAAGCCUCAGCCAGAAAGUUCAACAGCGCAAUACGUGGCUCCUCAGACUGCCGCCCCUGCAGCUUCACCGAAGGUACCAAUUGUGAAUAGCCCCAAGCUGGUCGAAGAGCAGCCCUCGCCGCCAAGUCCUGCUAAUAGUCCGGUCAAUGAGCCAGCCAAAGCGGGACCUCAGGGACCGGUAGAAUCGCCCUAUGACAGCAGUGGUACCGAUCAAACCGGCAGCAAUGAAGGUCAGCCUGCCGUGGGACCUUCCGAUAGUAGCACAAAUGGCCAAUCAAACACCGGAGCGCAACCUGCCGCUGGACCAACUUCAGACAGUAACGAUAGCGGAGGCUCCGAUACAGGCGAUACCAGACCCGUACCUGUCGUAGCAGUAGCCAUAUCAUAUGCUGGAUCUAGCAUCACUCCAGAUACGUCCUCAUACUACAGCAUUCCCCAGAUAGGCAAGCUUAGCCCUGGUGGUUCACCAGUAACAACAAAAAAAAUCGUCUACUCUCUUGCUCCCUCGGCCACUGCCCUCGUCAGCAACGGACAAACGAUUUCUCUCCCAACAUUUGCAGCGGCAGAGCCUGACACCAUUAAACAGGCCAUAGCCCCAGCUCUGACAUUUGCUGGCUCUACUUACACUGCUGACUCCUCGUCAAUCAUCGUAGUCGCUGGGCAAUCGAUAGUUCCUGGAGCCCCAGCUAUUACUGUCUCAAGUACUCCUAUAUCGCUGGCGCAUGGCGCACUCGUGGCCGUCGUAGGCGGUACGACACAGUCACUAUACCACGCUGUGCCUACGGCAUAUCCUGAGAUAAAGUUCGCGGGAGAGACUUACACAGCCAACGCUGAUUCCGUCAUCUAUAUACAAGGCCAGACCCUGAUCCCGGGCUCCCCGGCCAUCAGCAUAGCAAGCACGCCUAUUUCACUCGCCCCUGGAGCCAGCGUAGCAGUAAUAGCUGGUCAGACACAAUCAUUGUCUGCAGCUGGUCCCACAGCCGGAUCGGCAAUUACAUUUGCCGGCUCAACUUACACUGCCAACGCAGCUUCAGCCUUCGUUAUCGAAGGUCAAACUCUUUUCUCUGGCAGUGUGAUCACUGUCUCAAGUACGCCCAUUUCUCUCGCUACAGGCGGCUCCUUUGCCGUCGUUGCGGGCUUGACACAACCCUUAGCGGUUGCUCCAGCGCCUACCGGACCACCUAUCUUCACCUUUCAUGGAUCAACAUACACAGCCGGUACUGGUUCUGAUUUCCUAAUAGGCAGCCAGACACUCACCGAGGGUGGCGUGGUGACUGUGGCUGGGACGCCCAUCUCAUACGCGUCGAAUGGCAGAGAUGUGGUUGUGGGAACGAGUACCGAAGCGGUGAAGAUAGGAGGCUUGAUUAUGAGUGGCUUUGGCAAUGGAGGAGCGAGUACAACCGGCCCCAUCCAAUUUACUGGUGGUGCGAUGCGGUGUAAAGGUGGGCUGUCUUUGUGGUCCAUAUGCACGCUGUUUGGUGGGAUGGUGCUGUUGGGCUUGCCAUGA